CCGAUCAUCAUUUCUCCUGAGCCUCUAUCCGUGUCAAAUCUUGCCAGGCUACUUGGAAAAGAUGUUGAGACUUUGAAUCAGACCUUAUAUAACCUGCAUUCUGUUCUUCAUGUACCAGAGACCAAGUCAGGUACCGUUAGAUUGCUCCACCCAUCCUUCCGCGACUUUCUCCUUGACCAGAAAAGAUGCUCGAGUCCUCAAUUUUACAUCGAUGAGAAAUUGGUCCAUCGUGAGAUGUACGUGAACUGUCUUCGAGUAAUGUCAGAUCACUUACAGCGCGACAUUUGCAAUCUACGACGUCCAGGAGCCGAUAUAUCCGAGCUGAACAGAAGCGAAGUGGAUCGGCAUAUUCAGCCUCAUGUCCAGUACGCAUGCCGGUUCUGGGUCUACCAUUGCAGACGAAGCGAUGUAGACAGUGAUGGCUACUGCAGUAUUGAAAAGUUCCUCCGAAUACACUUUCUUCACUGGCUUGAAGCGCUGGCACUGUUAGGCUGUGCCUCUGAUGCGGUAGUUAUGGUUCAUAUGCUGGAUUCGGGAUUCUUGAACAAGCGAGAGGGGCGACUUCAGAAGCCAAAAAGACUUCGUGGCAAGCUCAGUUCGAUAUUUUCAUUCAGCGUUACACCUGGGAUCGAGAGAGUACGCUUUAUUCUCACUUUUCGACCAGUCCUAGAGGUGGCACCGCUACAAAUCUACUCCGCAGGUCUAAUAUUUAGUCCGAAUACCAGCAUUAUCAAGAAGAACUUUUCAGAUAAUAUACCAGAUUGGGUCUCAUGUGUGACUGGGGUAUCAGAAAAUUGGAGCCCGCACUUGCAGACACUCAAGGGUCAUUCGGAAUUCGUCACGGCCGUAGCCUUCUCGCCGGACGGCAAGUCGCUGGCGUCGGCAUCGGACGACCAGACGGUCAAGCUAUGGGACGCUGGGUCGGGGAAGCCGCUGCAGACGCUCAAGGGACCAUUCGGACCCCGUCACGGCCGUAGCCUUCUCGCCAGCUCCUUCCCACCCAAGUUCUCCGCAAUCCAUCCUCGUCGAAGAGCAAUGGGUCCUUCAAGAUGGUAAGAAACUACUUUGGUUGCCCUCCGAAUAUCGACCAGUCCGAGUUGCUGUUCAUGGUGGUGUGGUCGGAUUUGGGUACCUUUCUGGUCGAGUGUUAGUCAUGGAAUUCACCAUCUGAAUUGUUUCAAGCGUCCUUCCCACCCACCCCCGUUACGGAUGAUAUAUUUAUAUGCAGCUGAAUAGCACGAGUGGCGACAGCUGAUGAGUAAUGUUUGAUUAGAAAUGCAAACGCUCUGUAACCAAAUUCCGCUUAAAUGCGGUAGCAAUUGAUGUGAUCAAAUCUGUGUUUGGUGCUGCCAUUGAAGGUGUUUGAAAAGUAUGGCCAUUUCCAAACCACCUCCUCACCUCCUAUAACUGCCAUGUAACGGUGGCGUCAAGCCGUCAAGGUGUGGCGCGGGCUGAGGGAUAUUUAUGCUCCAUAAUCACGUGAUGGUACACCUACAACCCC